AAAAAGAGACGGGGAAUGGUCCAAUCCGGUGCCAGGGAGAGGAGAGCAAGAGCGGCAGAGGAGUCCGGAGCGCGGCGCGGACGCCUCUUCCUCUCUCCUCCCCCCUCAGCACUCAAUCUCUCCCUGUUUCCCCCUCUCCCUCCGCGCUCUCGCUCUCCCUUUCUUAAAUUGACAUCGGAUCCGGGCUCGAAACAUGAUAAGAGAAAAGCUUUUCUGCGCUCCGCGUUGUCGGGCUCUCCUCAUCCCCGAUCACCUACAACUCAAAUAAGCAGCCGUUCAAAGAAAAACAAAACAAACCAGAGAAAAGGAUCGCCCAGUAUCCUGUCAGCGGGUGUUCAGAGGGGAGACACCAGGAGACAUUUCGACCACUCACACCCUGGCUUUGCGCAUAGAAAGUGCUCGUGCCGAACUCCAGUGAAAGUUAACAUGUAUGUGCACGCUUUGAUACGCGCAAGUCUUGGAUUUGUAGUUUUCUGCCUGGUCGCCUUUGUCCAGCUGUCUGCUUCAGGAAGUAAAGCCGCUCAAGAUGUGGACGAAUGUGCAGAAGCGCUGGACAACUGCAGCAUUGAUGCCAUUUGUCAGAACACCCCAAAGUCAUAUAAAUGCAUCUGCAAAUCCGGCUACAAAGGAGAUGGCAAACAUUGUGAAGAUGUUGACGAAUGUGCAACUGAGUACAACGGUGGCUGUGUGCACGAGUGCAUCAACAUCCCAGGAAACUACAGGUGCACGUGCUACGACGGCUUCCGCCUGGCUCAUGACGGGCACAAUUGCCUAGAUGUGGACGAGUGCUCGGAAGGUAACGGCGGAUGCCAACAGAUUUGUGUCAACAUGAUGGGCAGCUACGAGUGCCGCUGCAGAGAAGGAUUCCUCCUGAGUGACAACCAGCAUACGUGCAUCCAGAGGCCUAAAGUGCAACCAGAAGGCACGAAGGAGGGGCCCACUUGCAUGGACAAGAAUCACGGGUGUGCACACAUCUGCAGGGAAGCACAGAAAGGUGGCAUCUCCUGCGAGUGCCGACCAGGAUUCCAGCUCACCCGUAACAUGAAGGACUGCAAAUUGACGUGUAACUAUGGUAAUGGAGGAUGCCAGCACAUCUGUGAGGAGACAGACCACGGUCCUAAAUGUUCCUGCCACAUGAAGUUUCUUCUGCACAGCGACGGGAAGACGUGCGUAGGGGAGAGGAGUGUCCAGUCCCAGGCAGCCCCACAGCUGUUUCCUAAUGAGACCUGCGCGGUGAACAACGGUGGCUGCGACAGCACGUGCCACGACUCGGUGACAGGAGUCCGCUGCAGCUGUCCUGUCGGCUUCACUUUGCAGCCAGACCGCAAGACCUGCAAAGACAUCGAUGAAUGCCGUCUGAACAAUGGCGGGUGUGAUCAUGUGUGCCGAAACACAGUGGGUAGCUUUGAGUGCAGCUGCAAGAAAGGCUACAAGCUGCUAACCAAUGAGAGGACGUGUCAAGAUAUUGAUGAAUGCUCUUUCGACCGAGCUUGUGAUCAUUUUUGUGUCAACUCUGCUGGCAGUUUCCAGUGUCUCUGUCGUAAAGGCUACGUGCUGUACGGCCUGGCACACUGUGGAGACAUUGAUGAGUGCAGUAUAAAUCGUGGAGGCUGUAAAUAUGGCUGCAUCAACACUUUGGGGAGUUAUGAGUGUACCUGUCCACCAGGGCACAAGCUUCACUGGAACAGGAAGGAUUGUAUGGAGUUGGUGAAAUGCCCUCCUGGACUGGUCGCACCAAAAGCCGUGCUGACCUGCAGCAAGACGGGCAAAACGGAGAGUUGUUCAGUCACCUGUGCUUCCAAAGCGCACUAUCUAGCAGGAACAAAUAACAGCUACUCUGUCAGUUGUGGGAUCCCCAAUCUCACAGGAAAGCCUCCAGCCAGGCACAACACCAGCAACAGUCAGGGCUGCAUAGAGACUUUGGCGCCUCCAGUCAAGCAGACGGCUUCUUUCAAGAUUAAAAACGCCAAAUGUCACCUGCACCCGAAGCUGACCGGUCGGACCGAGGACAGGGGACGGAUGCUGGGACCGGGAGGACAGCUCUCCAGCAACUGCCAGGUAACAUUUGUCAACCUCACAUGCGACUCCUCCAAGAAAGCCAAAGGGCGACACACUCGCAACCCCUCCAACAAAGAGGUAACACGCAUCACUCUGGAGCUGGAAGCUGAGGUCAAACCUGGAGACACCACAGAAAAUUGUAACCUCAGCUGCUUGCGACAGCGCAUGGAGAAGCAGGUGAAGACGCACAUCAAGGCUCUGAAGAAAUCCAUCAGCCAUGAGCGUUUCCUCAUCAGAGUUGCAGGUUUGGAGUACGAGGUGGCCCAAAAGCUUCCUCAGGCUGCACCCACCCAGGCACAGUGUGCCCCUGGCUCAGAGAGAACCGGAGCUGGAUGCGUUAAAUGUUUGCCUGGAUCCUAUUACCACGGGGGACAGGAGCGCUGUGUCCAGUGUCCACCUGGAACAUUCCAGGAGAAAGAGGGGCAGCUGGCCUGUGACCUCUGCCCUGGGAGCGAUGGCCAUGGGCCCAUGGGGGCAAGAAACAUCUCCUCCUGUGCAGGCCAGUGCUCAACUGGGUUCUUUUCCAACGAUGGCUUCAAACCCUGCCAGCCAUGCCCUCAGGGUACCUACCAGCCAGAUCUGGGCCGGACGCUUUGCUUUCCCUGCGGCGGAGGACUGAGCACCAAGAGGGAAGGCGCCAGCUCCUUCCAUGACUGUGAAGUUAAAGUUCAAUGUUCUCCGGGUCAUUACUACAACACCACGGUCCACCGGUGUAUCCGCUGCCCGGUGGGGACCUAUCAGACAGAGUUUAGACAGAACUACUGCAUUUCCUGCCCAGGAAACACUACCACUGAUUUUGAUGGUGCCACGAGCGUCUCUCAGUGCAAAAACAGGCAAUGUGGCGGCGAGAUGGGCGAGUUAAUGGGUUACAUUGAGUCACCCAACUAUCCCGGUAAUUAUCCUGCUAAUGUCGAGUGUAUUUGGAACAUCAACCCACCCAGCAAGCGCAAGAUCCUGAUCGUGGUCCCUGAGAUUUUCCUUCCUUCGGAAGAUGAGUGCGGAGAUGUGUUGGUUAUGAGGAAGAACUGGUCAGCUACCUCCAUCACCACCUACGAGACCUGUCAGACGUACGAGCGGCCGAUCGCCUUCACAGCUCGCUCCAGGCGUCUGUGGAUCAACUUCAAGUCCAAUGAGGCCAACAGCGCCCGAGGUUUCCAGAUCCCUUACGUCACUUAUGAUGAGGACUAUGAGCAGCUCGUAGAAGACAUCGUGAGAGAUGGAAGGCUCUACGCUUCAGAAAACCAUCAAGAAAUCCUCAAGGAUAAAAAACUGAUUAAGACACUUUUUGAUGUUCUGGCCAACCCGAACCACUACUUUAAGUACACCACUCGGGAGUCCAACGAGAUGCUUCCCCGCUCCUUCAUACGCCUCAUAAGCAGCAAAGUCUCAGCCUUCCUGCGGCCGUACAAGUAAAACUCAGCAGCUGCUGGUGCAUCACAUCACCCCCCCACCCCCUGUCCACUGUCCUCACACCCCCUUCAACCUUAUCGGCCCCCAUUCCCACAACUCUGGCUGGACUUCCAAAAACACAACACCUGCUAUCUCUCUCUCAUUAAUAAACACAAGGCAGACCUGUGGGGGUGGGAGAAAAACAAUGAAUUUGUUUUAUUAGGUUUAUUUCCAGUUUGCAGGUCUGCAGUCUCAAGUUUAAGCAUUUAGCGGCAACAUAGAGCAUUUUGAGUGGGUUUGGGCUUCGUUGUGUUGAGCAAUGAAACUGUUAAGAGAAGAGGGAAACACACGCCUAUUUCAGACAGUAGGGGUGACAUUUUUGUGUAUGCCGUUCGAGCCUGAUAGAGCUUGUUAUUGUGUUUGUCUAAAUGAGUGAUGCAACCUCCAGCUCCUGUUUUUACCACCAAGUAUGACUGUAAGUGUUGUGUAAGUGUUGUGUAACUCUGGUCCCAUCUCAAGUGUCCGCGUGCUGUCCUCCAGGAGGAGCAGUUGUUUAAUUCACGUUGCAGCUGUGUUCCAAGUCCUUCAAAGUCUGGAAAAUAUUUGAGCUCUUAGAGCGGUUUCAAGGCUUUUACUGUUAAAACAGUUAAUCUGUGUUUUUGCUCUGUCUGUUUAGACUGUAACCGUGUUUCCUGACCUUCGGAUCAUUUCUUCUGCGCCCCCCUCUUCUUUUUUUUGUUUGCGUUAAAUCAAAGCUAACAUAAAAAAAUGGGUUUACAAUUCCAGGAACUAAGUGGAUGUUUGUGAGAUAAUGGUGAGAUGAUGUGAUGAUGUGAUGCCUAGUGGAACACGUCUCUGAGAGUGAGAGUAAUGUCUUCGAGGGACUUUAUGUUUGCUGCUUCUUUUUAAAAGGUCACUUUAACUCUUCAGUCCCAUUGUUUUUCUGACAUACUCUGCACACUAAUAAUCUGUUGGUUUAAAACAAAGCUCAGAGUUUGAGUUAUAACCCGUCAGUACCUGUCGGUAGACUUCCAGUUUAUUGUUUUUAUUCCAGUCUUGUAAAUAAUGAACAUAAAUUAGACGAGGGUUGGAUUUUUUCGACCCCGAUUUGUCGACCAAGAACCUCCCAAGGAAACUGCUUUUCCCAACAGUCCCAAAUCCAAAGAGCCCCGCCCUCCCACCCCCAUCGCAUUUAUGUUUUGUCCCAUUAAAGACAGCUCUUCCAAAGACCUCUGACAAAAAGGGCGGGUCGAGUAGAAUUGUGCACUAAAUUUGGAAUCAACCAUCCCUCCUUUGUUAUUGCAAAGUGCAAUGGAUAAACCUGUCAUGUGUUCAUCCUGGUCACGCCCUGCUGUGAUCCUCAAGGAAACUACGGCCUUAUUCAGACUUCUUGUAUCAAACAUUUACCAGACACUAUGUGCAAACGUUUUAGGCUUCAAUAAGUUGCUAGUCUUAUGAGGUUAAUGAUAAAAAUAAUUGGUGUGCACAGAAAAGCAUGUUUGACUAAAACAGGGUAAAACAAUAAAAUUUUUAGUGAAAAUCUAACUAAUUUCCUUAACGUUGGUCUCUGUCAGAGAGAUAAAUUAGUAUUUUGGAAUAUUUGCUUAUAUGGGUUUCUAUUGAAAGUGUUAGCUUAAAGGUAUAGUUAGAUUUAUUUUAUAUGUUGAAGUUGGGUUGUGUUGAGUAGUUAAGAGUAGUCUGUAUCUUACCAGCUGCAGACAGCAGUCAGCGACCUCAGAAGAAUCAGGUCUCAUAAAAUACAUCAUCUCUACACCUUAACUCCUCCUUUCUAUUAGACAUGAAAGCUUCGUGAAACUGCUGCGAAACGUACUUCGCUGCUCCGAGUUCCUUUCCACCGGCAGCAAAGUGUAAUGUUUUGGACGCGCCCCAGAAGCGAAGAGGACGCUGUCAUUAUGUUUCAUGUCUAUUUUUGACACUCUACGCUUCUAAAACACGUCAAACUCUGCAGUUUAGAUCAGGCCAGACAGGAAGUCAAACACAAAAGCACUGUAAACUUUCAAAAUAAAAGUCAGGUGCAGAUAUUCAUACACCAUUUCCUGUGAAACCCCAUAGGCGAUGUAAACAGAACAGACACGCAGCUGUCUUUCUCCUUGCUUGUUAUUGUUUGGACUUCUAAAGUCACACGUGGUGUUGGUGACUUAACAGCGGCGUGGAACGCUUUCCUUCCCGUUUCAUAUCUGAAAUGUUCCUGGUUGGGAGGGAGCUUGCGGGUAUUAUUACAUUAUUUACAAGACUGUUAUUACAUUACACUUCACGCCCGGUGGAAAGAAGAGGUAACAGCUUCAGCAGUUUCAGAAAACACUAAACUAGGUAUUGUUAAACUAUUGACCACACUAUUGUCCAGCUGAACAGGAAUAAAAAGACACUAAAUCACAUUCAGCAGAUUCCACAUAUUACUUCUUUAAAAUAAAUAACUAUUUAAAAUGCUAUUGAUCUAGAAAUAUUGGACAAAUUAUGACCCUUCUGGUCAGUUACACAUGAGGACCACAUAUCUCGUGUUUUGACAGCUAAUGUAGCUAGAAACAUAAAUAUUGUUGAUUUGACAAAAUAGCAACAAUCUCUCUCAUGCAAAAGUGAUAUCUUAUAAAAAUCCCAUAAAUUUAGUCAGCAAUUCACUUGUUUAUGAGCCCUGCUCUGAGUUAGGGGUUAUCUAGGUUUCCACGUCUCCCCCUACCUAUGGCAGGUAAAAUAUUGACUACCUAACAAUACUCCACUCAACCCUGAUUAAAUAAAACUGAACUGUCUCAUUAAGAGUGUAAAUCCUACCUGGCUUUGUACUAAAAAAGCACACUAUUACCAAGGUAAUUAGUGUGAGCUCUGAUUUUCUGAUGUCGCUAAAUGUCAGAAUUUUCUUGACCUGGCACUUCCCACAGUUCUCACAAUGAAGACAAGAUAUGUUGCAAGAAAAGGACAAGUCAAGAGUCACAGCAUAUAAUCCCCUCCAAUACCCAGCGUAUCCGACUUUUCAUGAACAGAAUAAAAGCUUGUCCAAUUUUAUGUAAUUAUGUUUUGUUCCUGUUUAUGUAAAUAAAAAUCUGUUUGAUGGGACACCACAUCUCACCGACCGCCCCAGAAAACACAAAGGGAAUUUGAUUCACUGACAAACUUGAGGGCAGUUAUUGGGCUAAGAUGCUCAUUUCUGUCACAGAUGAUAAUCUGUGUACCCAUUUGGCCCACUCACUCUCCCAAACGUCCCCUCCUCCUUUCAGAAAGAGCUUUCCUGCAACUUUUUUAAUUGUUGCCUUUUAAGCGAGAGUUUGCUUUGGUGUAUCGGAGUUGAUAAUGAAUUUGCACUUGAAACGUUGCUCAUGUAAAGAAAUGUCUGGAUUUUGUAUUGUCUUUUUAAAUGAAUGGAAAUGGUGUUCUUAUUUUCUUGUAGCUUGUUUGUUCAUGAGAUGCUCACUCACUGUUUAGUCUAUAGAGAUGAUACACGCUAUCAGCUGUAAAAAAUGAAAGGGCAAAAAAACCUAUGUACAGAGAAGAAUGGAACAAGUUGUUACUGCUCAAGACACUUAUCGGAAAUAAACAUACUGUACUUCA